GAAGUGGUGAUCAGUGAAGAACAAAUCGCUUCCACGGAUAUACUCGUAGUCAUCAGAAAUGGACAAACUUAUAGUGAUUUUAGUCCUACUCUUUGAUUGCUUAAUACUAAUCACUUCGAGUUCACUGCAAGUGAAGCCAUCGUCCAAAGAGGAGUUGCAAAGUCUUAUUAAACUAACGCUUCCGCUCCUCCGACAAGAAUUCAUUAAUAGACAAGAAUUGGACACAUUUUACAAUAUGAUGGCCAAUGGUAACGACGACUUCACUCAACUCAGGAGUGAACACAAGAAGAAAAGUAUGGCACCGAUGGAGAGUGUAAAGAGGAAGCUCGACGAUUACGGACACCUGAGGUUUGGCCGCAACGACCCUAACAUGCAAUCCGCUGAUGGACUCAACUCACGAGUCAAAUACAAUGAUCCCGAUUACGGACACAUGAGAUUCGGUUAAUCUCGACGCCUAUUACUAAUUAUUUAUUUAUAAUUAGUUUGUAAUCGUCUUAUAAAUCAGAUACAUAUAUAACUCAUUGAUAGUAAUAACAACUAAAACACAAUAAUAAGCUGUAAACUAAUGUUUAUAUUUAUUUAUUCAUUACUCGAAUAAAGGGAA